AUGGCUCGAGGACAUCAAAAAGAAUUAGCUCGACAACGUAAUGAAAAGAAUGGGGGUGCAAGUAAGCCGACUACACAAAAAGGCACUGCUGAUGCUGCUUUAACGUACCAAUGUACGGUUUGCAAAACUAAAAUGGGCGACCCAAAAACUUAUAAACAACAUUUUGAAAGCAAACAUCCAAAAAAUGAAUUGCCAGCUGAAUUAAAAGAUGUUUAA